GGUGAUAUUACUGGACACCGGGGUGAUAUACCUUGAAACCGGGAUGAUAUAACUGGUCAACGGGAUGAUAUAACUGGUCAACGGGAUGAUAUAACUGGUCAACGGGGUGAUCUAACUGGACCACUGGACAUCGAACCUGUGGAUAUAUUUGCGCUGGUGUACCGAUCCUCCCCAGUUGUUGGGGUCUACUUAUAGUAACAUCAUAUGCCUGAGAUAAAGACAACUGUAUUAAAUGUUUAUGCCACUCCAAUAUGGAGAAGACAUAAAUUGGUACCAACCGAGAUCAAUCAGUUCUUCUGGUAAACUGACUCAAAUUUACAACAAUACUUCCAAUUUAAAAAUGUCCAUCAUAUCCAUGUGACAAGUGUAGUUCAAUAAUUAGGAUUUUCUGUGUGUGGCAAGUGUUUGUUUUUCGAUAAUCCAGGAUUUGAGAGUAGGCUCCGAUACUUGUGAUCGUUAAUUCGGAUAAUAUGUGUACUGUUAUAUUACGACGACAGAUGCCACACACCUCAGACGUCUACCCAGACAUUGGCGAGACUGAGGCUAGCACGGUGAGACGGUUACCCCGGUUACAAGAGGCGGUUACCUCAAACACCAGAGCUAGUUACCACGGACACCGGAACUAGUUACUGCGGACACCAUAGACACGGUUACCUCGGACACCAGAGCUAGUUACCUCGAACACCGGAACUAGUUACUACGGACACCAUAGGCACGGUUACCUCGGACACCGGAGCUAGUUACCUCGAACACCGGAACUAGUUACUACGGACCCCAUAGACACGGUUACCUCGGACACCGGAGCUAGUUACCUCGAACACCGGAAAUAGUUAUUGCGGACACCAUAGACACGGUUAUUCCGAACACCGGAGCUAGUUACUGCGGACACCAUAGACACGGUUAUCUCGAACACCAGAGCUAGUUACUGCGGACACCAUAGACACGGUUACCUUGGACACCAUAGACACGGUUACCUCGAACACCGCAGCUAGUUACCUCGGAUACCGUAGAUGGUACUACCUCGGAAUGUGGUGACAAUGAGUGGGCCAAGAUAAAUGUUCAACAUUGGGCUUACCAUGUCUCCGACCUUGUACUGGAUGAUCCUGGGAACGCUACUGGGGUUCGGAAUAUGCGUUAUCGGGAUCACCUACAUCAUCUGCCGCUUCCGGAAACCAAAGAACUGUUGGUCUGACCCCGGAGAGGAGAUAUUGCAGGAGACAGAGACAAUCACGGAGAGCGAGAUUACAGCAACGAGACACGGUCACAGGUUUCCACCUACCAUUGUCAUUAGGCGGGAAAGUUUGAAAACAAUCAGCACGCGUACAUCUGCGCGCGCACCCAAGUUAACGUGCGUAUCGUGUGGUAGUGGCAGAUACCAAAACAUGAAUGGCACGCUAGGCGUGACAGACACUCGGGACAAAGUGACUAACCUGUGGAAUACCGGAAGUGCGAGUCAUGGAAUGAUGACCGACGUAGCGGUAUGAUACCCCAAGUUCUUCCGGUGUAAUAAAAUCUGACUCAAUUAUCGGUCGAUGUUGUCGGAACUUGAGAACAUUGGACACGGCCGAGUGUAACUUCUGCCAGGUUAUAUAGACAGUAUUGUUACCAUAGUCUUAAUUGCUACACACAACAUGCGGUACAUUUCGUUAAACUUGACAACCUCUCAGUAGUAAUUAGCAGUACCGGAAGCCAGUUUUUGGGGAGACACCAGAAUAACAACGAGAUAAUAUCCACUACAAGAGCUGUCACUCGUCUUACAGUGGUGCUCCGACUUCUUUACCAUUGUGACCAAUUUUAACAAGACAAAGACUGUGUCUACUGAAUGGUCUAGGCAUUCACGGAAGGACGGACGAAGUGAUAAGUAGACUUAACCUGAUUUUUCUAAGAUUUAGGGGAUCUGCCCUCCCAGCGAGGUCUGAUCAGGUUGUACCUCUGCACCAGCCGACCUUAUUAUUUGAAGAGAUAUGUGCCAUUAGAAUAAGAAAGAAUAUCUUUUGGAACCGCUAUUUCCCCUUCAUUUGGGGUGCCCGACCCAACCACGUGUCGGAAUACAUUUGUAAUUAUAUAAGGAAAAAGUCGUACUUUCAUUCAAACAAAGCUUAUUAGCUACAAAUUAAAAAUAUGAAAUGCUAGUAUUAAUUUCAAGCAAUUUAUCUUGUAUUUACUUAGUAAUGAGUUGAAUUUUGAAUCUCAGAUGGCAACUGAUUGGGUUUACAACCCCAAAAUGACGGUUUCAUCGGCAGUUUUGAAAAGAGACGAUGAAUGAGAAGAAUGCCAUCUCAGAGAAACAAACAAAAGUCAAAAAAGCUGUCAUUAAUGCUUGGAUUAUUGUUAGAUCGGAUAUAAUGUAUCAGGUAACGGAUGUUGAUAUAUUAUACAGUAUUCAGGUGUUUUCCUUAGUUUUGGUAUCGGAUAUAAUGUAUUAGGUAACGGAUGUUGAUAUAUUAUACAGUAUUCAGGUGUUUUCCUUAGUUUUGGUAUCGGAUAUAAUGUAUCAGGUAACGGAUGUUGAUAUAUUAUACAGUAUUCAGGUGUUUUCCUUAGUUUUGGUAUCGGAUAUAAUGUAUCAGGUAACGGAUGUUGAUAUAUUAUACAGUAUUCAGGUGUUUUCCUUAGUUUUGGUAUCGGAUAUAAUGUAUCAGGUAACGGAUGUUGAUAUAUUAUACAGUAUUCAGGUGUUUUCCUUAGUUUUGGUAUCGGAUAUAAUGUAUCAGGUAACGGAUGUUGAUAUAUUAUACAGUAUUCAGGUGUUUUCCUUAGUUUUGGUAUCGGAUAUAAUGUAUCAGGUAACGGAUGUUGAUAUAUUAUACAGUAUUCAGGUGUUUUCCUUAGUUUUGGUAUCGGAUAUAAUGUAUCAGGUAACGGAUGUUGAUAUAUUAUACAGUAUUCAGGUGUUUUCCUUAGUUUUGGUAUCGGAUAUAAUGUAUCAGGUAACGGAUGUUGAUAUAUUAUACAGUAUUCAGGUGUUUUCCUUAGUUUUGGUAUCGGAUAUAAUGUAUCAGGUAACGGAUGUUGAUAUAUUAUACAGUAUUCAGGUGUUUUCCUUAGUUUUGGUAUCGGAUAUAAUGUAUCAGGUAACGGAUGUUGAUAUAUUAUACAGUAUUCAGGUGUUUUCCUUAGUUUUGGUAUCGGAUAUAAUGUAUCAGGUAACGGAUGUUGAUAUAUUAUACAGUAUUCAGGUGUUUUCCUUAGUUUUGGUAUCGGAUAUAAUGUAUCAGGUAACGGAUGUUGAUAUAUUAUACAGUAUUCAGGUGUUUUCCUUAGUUUUGGUAUCGGAUAUAAUGUAUCAGGUAACGGAUGUUGAUAUAUUAUACAGUAAUCAGGUGUUUUCCUUAGUUUUGGUAUAUGAUAUAAUGUAUCAGGUAACGGAUGUUGAUAUAUUAUACAGUAUUCAGGUGUUUUCCUUAGUUUUUGUAAUGUCAACGUUGAUACGUAACCUGUACCGGGGAUAUCGAUGUUGAUAUAUUAUUCCGUAUUGUGACAUAUCGAUGUUGAUAUAUUAUUCAGUAUUGUGAUAUAUCGAUGUUGAUAUAUUAUUCAGUAUCGUGAUAUAUCGAUGUUGAUAUAUUAUUCAGUAUUGUGACAUAUCGAUGUUGAUAUAUUAUUCAGCAUUGUGAUAUAUCGAUGUUUAUUUGUAUAAAGUAUCGGGAAAAAUCGAUGUUGUAAUAUAAGCAGUAUCGGAGAUAACGAUGUUGAUAUAUUGGGCAGUAUUCGGGAUAUCGAUGUUGAUAUAUUAGGCAGUACGGGAGAUAUCGAUAUGUUAGGCAGUAUCGGGAUACAUCGAUAUCGAUAUAUUGAACAGUAUUAGGGAUAUAUCGAUGUUGCUAUUUUAGGCAGUAUCGGAGAUAUCGAUGUUGAUAUAUUAGGCAGUAUCGGAGAUACUAAUGUUGAUAUAUAAGGCGGUAUUGUGGAUAUCGAUGUUGAUAUAUUAGGCAGUACGGGAGAUUUAUAUAUGAUAGUACCGGGGAUUUAAAACUUUAUAUAAUGUUAGUACCGGGGAUGUCAAAGUUGAUAUAUUUGGUAGUACCGGGGAUGUCGAAGUUUAUAUAAUGGUAGUACCGGGGAUGUCAAAUUUGAUAAAUUUGGUAGUACCGGUAAUGUCGAAUUUUAUAUAAUGGUAGUACCGGGGAUGUCGAAGUUGAUAUAUUUGGUAGUACCGGGGAUGUCAAAGCCACAAAGGACAGUUUAUGUCACGGUAUCUGGAACAGUGCUGUGAGUCUUGUUGUUAUGUCUGCACAAAGUAUGUUAAAAUAUCUUGUUGGCCAUUAAGAUAAUUUGUCCAUCAAUGAAUGUAGGACGAAUAAAGGUUUGAUGUU